GCGCUUGUGGAACAUGAUAUCAUAACGGUGGAUGAACCCGAAUGCAGAGCCUGGUAUAUAAAGAAAAUUUUAUUGCGCAUAAUCCACAUUUGCUCGGCUAUAAGCCUAGAGCACAGUCAAAUUGGCGAAGAUAAUACAAAAUUAUUUUUUCAUAUGGCGGCCAUCGAAAAGCCUAAUGUAGAUAAAACGCCUUCCAUUAUGACAUCCAGCAUAACGGGCAUGGGUCUUGGAGGAAUAACAGGGUUAGCCACAGCUCUGAAUACUCUUACUUGUAACUGUGAACAGCAACUCUCGAUUGCUGGCAUGGCGGUUAAUUAUGUACCUGGAUUGUCAUCCAACUACAACAUUUCCAGUUUCUGCCACCGUCCCGGUCAAACUCGUCGUUGGCCAAUGCAGCGAGCUGGACCGACCGCUCAGUGUAAAGUUGGACGAUCUCAUAGCGCUGGCGCCCUACACAGGCUAAAACAUUCAUCGAGGAAUAGUCCCAAUACACAGUACGCGCAUAAUUUGAUAUGCAAGCUAGUUGACCAGAACGAGCGUAGAAGACGAUUGGAUAGCAUGGAGCUGAUCCCACAAUGUUUCUUUUCACAAGACCCGCUAAAAGUGGAACUGACGGAAUUUUAUUCUAAAGAAAACUCCAAAGAUCAUCAUACUGAACAAUAUGACUUGGUGCACGAUAAAAUUUUUCCAAGUCCCGUAUUACGUAGAGGGCAAAAGUUCCUGUUUGCAGUCCGAUUUGACAGGAUAGCUGAUAAACAGCUAGAUAUAAUUUAUAUUGUUUUUUGUAAUGGUCCUAAGCCAAGUAUCACCAAAGGAACUCGAGUUGUCUUACCUGUGGACUGGAAUACACAUCAAGGUGUGUUUCAACAUCCUCGUGACGUAAUAGGAUCAGGAAUUGGGAUGAGUGUAGGUUUACCACGAACGCAAGAUGCUAGUACAAUAACAACAUCUGCAUCUGUUGGUCCAGUCAACAGUGUUCGAGAAAAUUCAAAUUUUGGCGUCCGUCGUAGUUCCAUUGGUAGUGAACAAAUGCCUGUGCCAUCAAGUCCGCUGAGUCCCCAACCGAAUGAUAAGACACCUACUGAACGAUGUUGUAAUAAUCAGCAAACAGCUCAACCACAAAUUAUACCACAAUCUGCAGCUAAACCUGUAAUAUUAUCUCCUGUGAGCGAUGGGGAAAAGUGGAGCUUAGGAAUACAUCGACUUGAUGGAAAUACAAUAACGUUUGAAGUUUAUAUCCCAGCAACUGCUCCUAUAGGUCUAUGGAAUUGUUGGGUACAGACCAAUCGCCAAGGACAGCGUGAAAAUAGAAACGAUUUUAAGUGUGACGAAGAUAUUUACAUAAUAUUUAACCCUUGGUGUCGUGAUGAUACUGUUUAUAUGGAAAACGAGGACUCAAAAAAGGAGUACAUUUUGAAUGAUCAAGGGAAAGUUUGGUGUGGUACAUGGCACCAACCAAUUGGCCGUAAAUGGAUAUUUGGACAGUUUGAUGAUGUUGUACUACCAGCAUGUGUCUAUUUAUUGGAACGUAGUGGCUUAGAGCAUUCGGAGAGAGGAAGUCCUAUUAAAAUUUGCAGAGCAUUAUCUGCAAUGGUAAAUGCAACAACUGACGAAGAUGGUCUCAUGGUGGGACGGUAUGACAAUGAAUAUAAAGAUGGUGUAGCACCUCAUGCUUGGACGGGCUCAGUAGCUAUUCUUGAACGGUAUUUAACAGAUGGAGGCCGCCCCGUUGAAUACGGCCAAUGCUGGGUGUUUUCAGGGUUGAUAGUUACUCUAUGUAGAGCAUUAGGUAUUCCAUGUCGUUCAGUGACAAAUUAUGUGUCUGCGCAUGACACGAAUCGUACAUUUACAGUUGACAAAUUUUUUGAUAAAGAAGGUGUUGAAGUACCGAAUGGUCCUGAUGAAGACUGCUAUGAUUCUUGUUGGCACUUUCACGCUUGGAAUGACGUAUGGAUGCAAAGACUUGAUUUGCCACAAGGUUUUGGUGGAUGGCAGAUAAUUGACUCGACACCACAAGAAGAAACUGAUGCAAUAUAUCGUUGUGGACCAGCUAGCCUAGAGGCUGUUCGUCGAGGAGAGAUUGGCUUUCAGUAUGAUACCGCUUUUGUGUUUUCUGAACUUCAUGCUGAAAUAUCACAUUUCCAAGAAGUAGAUAGCUCGGCCUGGGGUUUUAUUAAAAUGACUUCAAAUCAGAACCAAGUUGGUCGCAAGGUUGUUACAAAAAAUCCUACCUUGGAUGAUGACGAAGGUGACACCGAUCUUCUCGAUAUAACGCAAGAUUAUAAGCCUGCAGACGGAAAUGCGGUUGAUCGGCUUUCGGUGAUUGCUGCUAGUCGUGGUUUCCAGAGACUUCAGCAGUACUAUGACAACCCUAAUCGUAGCCAGGAAGAUGUGACUUUUGAUCUGAUGGAUAUAGAAAUUGUACCAUAUGGACAACCAUUUGACUGUAUUAUGAAUAUACAGAAUAAAUCCACAGAAGAUCGAACAAUAUUAUGCGUUUUGACUGCAUCGUCUUGUUAUUAUACUGGAGCAGUAGCUUCCCGGCUGCGAAGAGCCCAAGGAGAAUUGAUCAUAAGAGCUGGACAACGAGAACUAUUAAAGCUACAUGUCUCGCCUCAGGAGUAUAUGGAUAAACUAGUCGACCAUGCGAUGGUUAAGGUUCACGCAAUGGCUUACGUAAAACAGACUAGCCAAGCAUGGUCCGAUGAAGAGGCGUUUCCAUUGCGUAAACCGAAGAUGCAAAUUCAGGCCAGAGUCCAGCCUUCUGUUGGCCAGGAGUGUACAUUGCUGUUUACUUUCCAAAAUCCACUGACCGUACAUCUGACUGAUUGCUACUUCUCCUUUGAGGGUCCUGGAAUUCAAAGGCCUCGCCAGGCACGGUUCCGUGAUAUCAAGCCUGGCGAGCUGGUCACGUACCAGGAUAAGGUAAUUCCCCGCCGUCAAGGGGAUAUUCACGUUGUUGCGACAUUCUCGUCCCGCCAAAUCGACGAUAUAUUCGGGAACGCGGUGAUCAAAGUAAAAGGCUAACAGGAAGCAGGGUCCGAGUCCCCUCCGCUGGUGUCUCCGGUAGAAGAGAGCUCGGGCCCGACUACUCGCACGGUGCACAUCGAUAUUGACUGUUCCUUUGUAUCGUAUUACAUACCAGAAUCACAGCUAUAUGUCAAAGAAGAGGAAGUUUCUGUCGUUAAAAGCACAGAGCCAUAGUUACAAUUGAGUUUAUUUAGCGAACAUAAUCGAACCGGCACACUAAAGGAUAUUAAAAUAUUGCACUAUGGUUGUGGGUAGUUUAAGAAUAUAUUUAUCAGUUGCUUUGCUAAGAGAAAUACUGUUUUGGGUGUGAAUUUUUUGUCAAUAAUUUAUUUUGGUAAUUAUAUACUAAGUUAAGCUAAUAUUAUUUAACCAUCUGUUUGUUGUUGGUGAUUUUUGUACAAUUGAAUGUACCUUUUUAAAUUUUCUUUGAUAUUUGUUUUAAAUUGUUAUUUUUGUACCUAUGCACAGUGUGUU